AUGGAUAUGUUUGUUUCAAAUGUGAAAUGUGAGUUUAUAGCAACUUUUUCUGACGUAAAACGUUGGAAUGCCUAACGUUAACGUUAGCUAGCUAGCUAGCUAGCCAGCUGACUAGCCAGAGCUGGCGAAAUUAACAUACGCUACCUUCCAGUGUGCUUUAGUUUACCCUUCAAAAAAUUUAGCAAAGUUUACAAAUAUUGCUAAAUUACCGGUAUAUUAGUUAUAUUACUCAUUUGAAAUUCGCAAAAGUUUCCUUGAAAUGUGUUAGCAUUACAUGAGACGUCGAUGGUUUGUGGCGAACAGUAGUGCUGCCUCGAACGCGAUGCCAACCUGUCACGUGUCACUCAACAGGCGUACAGUACACCUGUAUGUACUUUUUUUCAUGGUGGUUUUUUGCAUAAUAUUUUUUUUAUUUAUUAAAGGUCUCACAGAGCGCCUGCUGCAGAAACAACUGGCUAAUACAGAUGAGGUUAUUGAGAAGCUAUUUUGUGAAACGUCUGUGUUAGAAGACUUCCCGAGAGUAUCACCACUGGAUCCACAGGUUGGUGGCCAAACUUAGAGCAGUAUUUUUCUUCUUCUCUAAUGAAACCAUUGAAAGGUGCUUGUGUUUUAGUCAAUACAUAUAUUAGUCUAUAGAAAAUUAGCUAGUUUGCUAAUUGCCACUUCAAAUUAACAUAUUCUCUAGCUUGAAGAAAUUGCCAUCCAGCUGUGGAAUUGGGCAGUCACCAAACGUGUUGGAACAGCCAUAAAUGAACACCAGAAAGCAAAAGGUAGCCUAAUACUUUUUUUUUGCUGUUAAAUACCAGAUUUAUGCCAUUGUCAUCAUUACUGACUUUCUCCUUCUGUGACGCAUUCCUCCCGGUCUGUCUGUGGUAUCAGUGCGUCAUGUUGCAUGCAGACUGCUGUACUCCUGUGAGCCUGAGAAUCCAGCAGUGGGCGCUGUGCGCAAACAGAUCCUGGUCAGUGAAAUGGCUCAUGAAAUAAACCACUGCACUGUAAGGCCUACGUCUGUGUUACUGUAAUUACACUAAAACAUUUUCUUUACAGAUGGCCAGCAAGACAGGAAGAACCUGGCUAGACUGUAAAAAGCCCCAGCUAGCUGAUAACUUCCUAAGCCUUGCUGUCAAAGUAAAGUUGAAUAUGUUAAACUAUACCCUAUAACUCUGUACAGUAUAUAAGAGAGUUGAUAACCUUCUAGAACUUUUGUCAUAACACUGAUUUCACAUGUUCAUAAUAUUAUUUGUCCAGAGUUUGGAGACACUGUACAACCGACUAACAUCCCGAGGCGAUGGAGGGGCAGACAUCAACACAUCGAAAGGAGAUGUGGAGAAGGACCUGCUUCGAGUUCUGUCUUACCAAGCAGAGUCGGUGAGCUAGAGAUGGAUUCACCAUCUAACACGUACAACGUUAGGCUAAUUUGUAUUUGUGAAAUUUGGCAACUGAAAGUGACAUUUUUACACAUCUGCAGAAUGAAGAAGAAAAUAGUUUUUUGUUCACAUAUAGCUUUACCUUACUGAUGUACUGGUAGAUAAUGAUAGUUUGUAUUCCCACGCAGGCACAGGCUCAAGAGAAUCACCAAGAGGCUGUGGCCUGCAUGCAGCGCUGUAAAGACAUGCUACUGCGGCUCCCCAAAGAGGUAGGAUACAAAAAGCACACUCAACUCAAAUAUUACUUUGAUAAAGCACUAGUGUUUUUACUGUCCCGAUCUUGCCCCCCCCCCCAAAGACAGGCUAUCUCUCUCUCAUGUGCUAUAACUUCGGAGUGGAUGCCUACAAUCUGAAAAAGUAUGAGGAGAGUUCAUUCUGGUUGAGGUAAUAGCAUUGAUUUGGCUUGACAAAAUAUUACUGACAUAAAGGCAUUACAGAAGCUCAACAUCUGAAAUAUGUCACUUAUGUUAAUUACAGUAUAUGAUAAAGUGCAGUAUAUGAAUAUCUACACUGUUGUCUUUUCCAGCCAGAGUUAUGACAUAGGGAAGAUGAAUAUAAAAUACUCCCCUGGCGCUGAAGUGCAAGUAAGAGAGUAUUGCAGUUUAUACAUACCAUAGUCUCUUCAGUUCUUUCACUAGUACUUCUUGGUUAUUAGAAACACCAACAGCUCCAAUGUUUCCAAUUAGUUUUAGAGUAAAUUGCUGAACUUCCUUCUUUAGGCCAAGGUCCUGAGGCUCCUUGCCACUGUCUAUCUAAAGUGGGACUGUCAGCAGUUUCAGGAGAAGGCACUCAAUGCUGUGAACUUAGCCAACAAGGUAACCCCCCCCCAUCACUCUUGUUGAUACUUUUUAAUAUUAAGCAACAUUAUUUGGCUUUCGAUUAAAACUCAGCAAUUUGACAGGAAAGUGUGCAUCCCUCUGGGCUCUACCUGAAGAUCAGAAUUCUACUAAGAUGUGGGGCUCAGGAUGACCACAUAAGAGCUGGUGAGUAGGACAUUACCCUGCUUCUCCCUCUUUCUGCUCUUUUGAAUGGCUUGAGUGGGAGUUUUAAGGACUCUCAAGUCCUCCAUUUACAGUACUGUAUAAUGCAUUACCAUUUCCUCUUGCUGUCUCCAUUCAGGAGUGACAGAGCUGCUGGAGUCAGAGGUUCCUCUGGAAGUAUGUCUGAGCACAGUGAAACUACUCAUGGCUGAAGACAGGUAGACACACUGAUCAUCUUAACAAAUUGCUGAUCAGAUAUCCACUUGUGCCAUUGUAUUCAUUCCAAUGAAAUUCAACAUUGUAUUGAUAUAUUGCAUUGAUAUGCAUUGUGUGUUGUUCUGUUGAUAUGUGUUCCCAGAGAGACAUUGGCCUUUGACUACCUGAAGAGGGUGUGCCAGCACUUUGAGUCGUCCCCUGAGCUGGGCAGUGCCCUGGUCCUGCACAUUGAGCUGCUGCUGCAGAGAGGCAAGGAGCUGCUGGGGAAACAGAAAAUAGAGGACAUCAUCACAGGUACUACAGUGGUGGUGGAGGACAUCAUCAUAGGUACUACAGUGGUGGUGGAGAACAUCAUCAUAGGUACUACAGUGGUGGUGGAGAACAUCAUCACAGGUACUACAGUGGUGGUGGAGAACAUCAUCAUAGGUACUACAGUGGUGGUGGAGAACAUCAUCAUAGGUACUACAGUGGUGGUGGAGAACAUCAUCAUAGGUACUACAGUGGUGGUGGAGAACAUCAUCACAGGUACUACAGUGGUGGUGGAGAACAUCAUCAUAGGUACUACAGUGGUGGUGGAGAACAUCAUCAUAGGUACUACAGUGGUGGUGGAGAACAUCAUCAUAGGUACUACAGUGGUGGUGGAGAACAUCAUCACAGGUACUACAGUGGUGGUGGAGGACAUCAUCACAGGUACUACAGUGAUGAUGGUAGUGGUGAUGAUGAUGAGGCUGGUGGUGGUGAUGAUGGUAGUGAUGGUGGUGAUGGUGGUGAUGGAAGUGGUGGUGAUGAUGGUGGUGAUGGUAAUGAUGGUGGUGGUGAUGAUGGUGGUGAUGAUGGUAGUGAUGGUGGUGGUGAUGGUGGUGUUGAUGAGGAUGAUGGUGGUGAUGAUGGUGAUGGUGAUGAUUAUGAUGGUGGUGAUAAUGAUGGUGGUGGUGAUGAUGGUGAUGCAGUGAAAUGAAAAUGCAGUUGUAAGAUUGCUGAUGAUUCCCUUCUCAGGCCACUACACUGGUAAACAGCUGUCUCCUCAGACUCUCACCUGUCUACAUCUCCUGCUGUGGGACAAAGCCUCCAAGAACUUUGAGGUACAGUAGAACUGCUGAAAAUAAGUACAUUGGUCUGUCAUAGUGAAGUCUGUAUGUGUUGGGAUAUGAGUCAUUUUCCUGUUCCAGGUUAAGAACUUCUCAGAGGCUCUGCAGUGGUAUAACUACUCAUUGAGUUUCUACAAGGCUGGCCAGAUGGAGCCCAACCUGGCCAAGCUUCAGAGGAACAGAGCCUCCUGCUUACUGCAACUGCAGCAGCUGGACAAGGUGACACAAUAGUGUGACAACAGAGACACACAGCAUGUUGUAAUGAUUAUAUUUGUGUGUCAUCUUUGUGUGUACUUUGUGCAUUCCUGUGUGUGUGUGUGUGUCAGGCCAAAGAAGCAGUAAAGGAAGCAGAGAGAUGUGAUCCAAACAGCAUCUUCACUCAGUUCAGUGUUUACAAGAUUGCUGUCCUGGAGAACAAUGUGGAGAAAGGUAACAGCAUAUUACAGGAGUGUGGUGAGUUUUAGGAUUGACUACAUGUAUUCAGGCCCUCUGUGCUUCUCAGUCUGAAGCACUGUUUCUAUCAGCUGCAGAAGCAGUGAAGGCCAUCGGGGCUCUGGCCCAAGGUCCUGUGACCAGUGAAGACAGACUGCUGGUGGCUGAAAAUGCUGCCUCCAACCUCCUCAGUCUCGCUGCUCAGAUCGCUCUGGAGGUGGAUCCUCAUUACUGACCUACCUCUAGGACGGAUGGUGAUAUUGUUGCUGAUUAUGGUCAUGAUAAUGAGGGUGAUGACAUUUCGAGAGCUUGGGACUAAAAGGUUCUAUCUGCAUUUUUGACAACAUUUAGUUAUUGACAUAGCCUUGUUCUGUUCAAUGUUCUCUACCUAUAUAGUAAAUACCCCAAUUAAUGUUCCUAAAUUCAAAAUAAUACAAUAUAAAAGUUGCUGACAUCAUUCAAACCAAUAAGGGUUUGGAACUUUAAAGCCAAUUACCUCAUAAUCAUCUUUUUGCAGAUAGAACCUUAUAGUCCCAAGCUCUCGAAUUCUUGAAGGAGAAAAGACCCAUCAUCAUCAUCAUCAUCAUCCUCAUCAUCAUCGUCAUCCUUUGUUUCCUUUCCCUCCAGAAUGAGCAACAAGACACAGCCAUGAAGGCUCUGGAGAGUUUGUGUGAACACUCAAAAGAUGAAGCUCAGGUUCUCACUGCUCUCCGGUCAGUUACUAACACACACACACACAGCAUCAGUAAACUCUUGUCCAGCGAGAUCAGGAACACUAUGUGAAUGGUCCAUCAUAAGACAUACAGUCGUGGUCAAAAGUUUUGAGAAUGACACAAGUAUUGGUCUUCACAAAGUUUGCUGCUUCAGUGUUUUUAGAUAUUUUUGUCAGAUGUUACUAUGGUAUACUGAAGUAUAAUUACAAACAUUCCAUAAGUGUCAAAGGCUUUUAUUGACAAUUACAUUACGUUUAUGCAAAGAGUCAAUAUUUGCAGUGUUGCCCCUUCUUUUUCAAGACCUCUGCAAUCCGCACUGGCAUGCUGUCAAUUAACUUCUGGGCCACAUCCUGACUGAUGGCAGCCCAUUCUUGCAUAAUCAAUGCUUGGAGUUUGUCCGAAUUUGUGGGUUUUUGUUUGUCUACCCGCCUCUUGAGGAUUGACCACAAGUUCUCAAUGAGAUUAAGGUCUAGGGAGUUUCCUGGCCAUGGACCCAAAAUUUCGAUGUUUUGUUCCCCGAGCGACUUAGUUAUCACUUUUGCCUUAUGGCAAGGUGCUCCAUCAUGCUGGAAAAGGCAUUGUUCGUCACCAAACUGUUCUUGGAUGGUUGGGAGAAGUUGCUCUCGGAGGAUGUGUUGGUACCAUUCUUUAUUCAUGGCUGUGUUCUUAGGCAAAAUUGUGAGUGAGCCCACUCCCUUGGCUGAGAAGCAACCCCACACAUGAAUGGUCUCAGGAUGCUUUACUGUUGGCAUGACACAGGACUGAUGGUAGCGCUCACCUUGUCUUCUCCGGACAAGCUUUUUUCCGGAUGCCCCAAACAAUCGGAAAGGGGAUUCAUCAUAGAAAAUGACUUUACCCCAGUCCUCAGCAGUCCAAUCCCUGUACCUUUUGCAGAAUAUCAGUCUGUCCCUGAUGUUUUUCCUGGAGAGAAGUGGCUUUCUCGCUGCCCUUCUUGACACCAGGCCAUCCUCCAAAAGGCUUCGCCUCACUGUGCGUGCAGAUGCACUCACACCUGCCUGCUGCCAUUCCUGAGCAAGCUCUGCACUGGUGGUGCCCCGAUCCCGCAGCUGAAUCAACUUUAGGAGAUGGUCCUGGCGCUUGCUGGACUUUCUUGGGCGCCCUGAAGCCUUCUUCACAACAAUUGAACCUCUCUCCUUGAAGUUCUUGAUGAUCCGAUAAAUGGUUGAUUUAGGUGCAAUCUUACUAGCAGCAAUAUCCUUGCCUGUGAAGCCCUUUUUGUUCAAAGCAAUGAUGACAGCAUGUGUUUCCUUGCAGGUAACCAUGGUUAACAGAGGAAGAACAAUGAUUUCAAGCACCACCCUCCUUUUAAAGCUUCCAGUCUGUUAUUCUAACUCAAUCAGCAUGACAGAGUGAUCUCCAGUCUUGUCCUCGUCAACACUCUCACCUGUGUCAACGAGAGAAUCACUGACAAGAUGUCAGCUGGUCCUUUUGUGGCAGGGCUGAAAUGCAGUGAAAAUGUUUUUUGGGAUUAAGUUCAUUUUCAUGGCAAAGAGGGACUUUGCAAUUAAUUGCAAUUCAUCUGAUCACUCUUCAUAACAUUCUAGAGUAUAUGCAAAUUGCCAUCAUAAAAACUGAGGCAGCAGACUUUGUGAAAAUUAAUAUUUGUGUCAUUCUCAAAACUUUUGACCACGACUGUACAUGACGUUAUCAUAAACAUCACAUAACAUACAAUGGCAGUUGAUUUUGACAAUUUGUGUCGCAUCACCAGACUCCACCAUAAAUAUAUUAGAAAGCAUGACACAGUGAAACAUGGUGCUGUUUAAGCUUUCAGUGAGGUUUAACUGUGUCUCCAUGGUCUACUGACCUAUAUCUUUGAAUUUCUCCUGUGAAAUGUGUGCCUCUCAGUACAAUGUUAGUAGGUGAAAGGAACUAGGUCCCCAGUCCUCAUGGUCUUUGUCUAUUACAGGUGUUUGGUUCGACUGGUGCUCUCAACAAUAGAAAAGGCCAGUGGGGAGAUAAGGUUUGAUGAUAUAUCGUUAAACAUGAUGCAUCAUACAAUAGUGUUUAAAUGGUCCAUUUCAUUUGACAUUUUAGUAACUUAGCCGACGCUCUUAUCCAGAGCGACUUACAGGAGCAAUUAGGGUUAAGUGCCUUGCUCAAGGGCACAUCAAUAUAUUUUUUUCACCUAGCCGGCUUGGGGAUUCGAACCAGCGACCUUUCAGUUACUGGCCCAAUGCUUUUAACCGCUAAGAUACCUGCUGCCCAUUUCUACAGUGUUUCAGUUGUGGUUGAUUUACUGUUUCAAUCUUCUCUGCUUGUUAACAUUUCCUCUAUAUAUAGACAUGCAAAUCUGGAUGUUCUGCUGUCAUAUCUAAAAAUGGGUGAGUACAAAUCACACUUACAGCAACAUCUUUCUCACCUCAAUAUAUGAGUACUCUGAGGUAAUGCAUUAGCAGUGUUUCCCCUACAUUAAUUUAGUAGCGGCGCACCGCCGCUGCUAAAUCGUUCCCCCACUCCUAAAAAAAUGUGUGCCAUUACCCUAGCUACAUUAUUAUGUAGAAUUGGCUGGUGAUGUCAUUGAGAUCAAGAGAUAAAAUGAAACUGUCCUUGAUUAACAGAUGAGUUUCAAAGGAAGAGAACGUAAUUGAAUUUUCAUACAUUUUGGAGUAGAAUGUCCUUUAAAAAAAGUCACCAGAAGUGACCUUCUCACAGUCGUUCAACAUGCCCCCCCCCCCCCCCCCCCCCCCCCCCCCCAGGAAGACUCCCCCACUACCUCUGUCUUUCACCCAGCCAGAGUUUGUUUGUUGUUUACUGUCACCACCACAGCACUGCAGAAAGUGUCACAGCUCAGCCCAGGGCCUAGCAUGGCUGUGGAGCAGCGCACAGAGGCGGCCAACUGGUUCAGGAAGAUUGGUACUUACAUACUAUCUGAACAUAUACUGUUAUUUAUCUCACUCUUGUACAAUUAUUACAUUUACAUUUUAUCUGAAUCAUCUUGCUAUUUUACGAGUUAAAGUAGCACUGUAAGCAGCAUAGUUCACUGUACAUUUAGUUUCAUCUUAUUUCUGUGUGCACGCGUGUGCGUGUGUGUGUGUGUGUGUGUGUGUGUGUGUGUGUGUGUGUGUCUUAGCUUGGAACUCUGCGCUGCAGUGUGAGAGCAGCCCUGACAGGAUGAGGGAUUUCUUUGUGUUCUCUUACCAGGCAAGUCCUCUUAUUAGCAUCACCGGGAGAAUUGAUCUGUAUCUGUGCAGGUGUAGAUCAAUACAACCCACAGGGAAUUAGUGUUGUCAAAGAUAAAGAAACAUGGAGCCCUGCAGCUUCCACACAAAACAACUUGGUCAGUCGUUAUACCCUCACACCCCUAAAACACACAGACACGGACCAUCAUGCAGGCACCCUCCGUUUAAUGCGUUCUCUGUGUUGUGGUCCUUGAUCUUUAUGGUUCUCUUAAUAUAUAUAUAUAUAUGUGUGUGUGUGUGUGUGUGUGUGUGUGUAACCCUAGCUGUCCCAGUUCUGCCCCCCGGACCGGGCCGUGUUGAUGGGCCAGAAGACGUGCCUGCUGAUGGCUGCUGCUGCCUCUCUGGAGAUCUGCAGGAAGUCUCCACACUCUGACCAGGUGUGUACCACCCUCUCUUUCGCUCUCUUGUCUCUCUUUCUCUCUCUCUCUUCUCUCUUGUCUCUCUCUCUCUGCCUGUCUUCCACAUUUAGCUCCCUCUCCAUCCUCUUGGAUGGAAAUUUACCAAGACCAGCGGAGAGGAGAGGUGACAAACCGUGUUAUCAGUGCUGGCGUAGGUGGUUAUUUUUAAUCCUGCUGUUGUGGGUAGCGGCCACCAGGUGGCGAUGAUAAAUACCGAAUGACAAUGUCACUGUGUCUUCAUGUUUAGACCGAGCAGCUGACACAAGCCCUGGAGCACAUUCAGAUCUGCUGGGAGGUCUGGAAGACUCUUAAAGCAUCAGGUGGCCCUAAUUAUCCCUCCUCUUCCAUUCCAUACUGUGCUCUGCUCAAUUCUGCCAUGAUGUUGGAUUACUUUGUGAGGAGAAUAACCUGACAUCAUUUGACACUCAUGCCCAGGGGACAACUCCAAGGACCCAACUGACAUCUUGCUGCUGCUGUAUGAGUUUGAGGCUCGUGCCAAGCUCAAUGAUCCCAAGGUGGAGACAGUGCUGGAGUCAGUGCUGGAGCUGGAUAACGUUGAGACCAAGGUGUUGGAGACCAUGGCAGGUGAAGAAUUAACACCGUAGUUGACCCUCUCCUUAAAUGACUUGUCCUCCUCAUCCAGUGUUUUUUGCUCGGCCACAUAGUUGUGUAUUGAGUAUUGUGAUGAGUGUGUUUCUUCUGUCCUCAGCCUUGGCCAUGGAGCCUCCUGCCCACUUCCCUCUGCUGUGUAAGAAGGCCUUGAGGAUCGCUCUGUCUCUGCACAGGAAACGACCACAAGCAGACCUGGCCCACUGCAGGUGUGCGCAUAUCUCAUCGCCCACAAUUUACCAUUGGUUCACUGAACGGGUCUUUCAGAGACUGGUAUAUUAUCCAGUCAGAUAUUAGCUGUGACAGAGCUCCAAUGUGUCCGUGCGUAGGUUUCUGUGUGUGAUGUCUAACUCCCUCUCUAUCUCCAUGCCCCCUUUCAGCCAGUGUGUCCACAGCCUGAUCCAGCUGUCGCUGCCCAGCGGCGUGUCGGAUGUGGAGGCCCGUGUGCUGGAGGAAGUAUGGGGCUACUAUGAGGAGGCCCUGUCCAUCAUCACAGCCUCAGUGAGUCGGCAGCAAUCUCGCGCCACCGCCGCCACCCCCGCAUUGUAAUUAACCCCCCUCGUCCCUCCGCCGCUGCACUGAAAGCAUCUCCUGUUUGUUUUUAUCAAUGGGCUUUCAGCAGCACUUCAUUUAGCAGAUGCUUCCAUCCACCAUCUCUUUCCUGCCAAUGUGAAUGGUAAUGUGCUGUACAAGCCAUCGCUCUGCUGAUAAACUGGUGAAAACACGCAUCAGAGUAUUGAAGCAUUACCAAGCUUUAUGUGCGCAGGCACAUUGUCAUAUGCAGAGUUGCAACUUGAAGCGCUGCCAUGCAGAUUUUCCAUUACACAACCUUGUAAUCGAUACAUUAAAACAAUGGAUGGACAAGUGCCUUAAAUCAAUAUAUAUCAAAAUCGCAUACAUUUUAAUCUUCCUCAGAAGUGAGCGUGGUCCUGUAUAAAAUCCCAUAUUUUCUGACACUCCCAGUGUCAUUCCCAGACUGACUAUAGACACUGAAAGCCCCAUUCAUAGGCAUACCUGGACUCGAGGCCAGGUGAGUUAUCAUCACAGGUGCUCCUAGGCAGGUGGACGGCAGCAGCUUGAAUGUGUUCGUUGUCUCCUCUGUGCCUCCCUUCCAGCCUGAGGACUUCCCUGAGAUGGAGAUCCUGUGGCUGCUGACCCGAGCCUGGAACACAGGCAUCCUGCUGUACAGCCUGGCCCAGUACCCCGAGUCUGAGAGGUGGUGUGGCCUGGGCAUGAGCUUCCUCCGCCACCUGGGCUCCCUGCAAGAGAGCUACCAGACACAGGUACUACUGACUGACUGACUGGGGGAGGGAGGGGGAGAGGGGACAGCAAUGGAGUGUGACAGGGCUGAGUCAUCCGGAGUCAAAUGAGAGGCCUCAGCCCAAGGAAUACUGAUAAGACGUCUUAAAUUAGAAAAGUUUGACUGUAUACCUGUUACUGGAAAGAAAUAUAGACCUAGCCAUUUGUUUCUUAAUUAGAUUGCUAGUAUCCGGUAUUGUUUGUCUGUCCACAGAUGUCAGGUCUGUACAGUGAGGUCCUGGACAGGCUGGACAAAGCCAAGAAGAACCUCAUCAUGGAGGAGUGA